CUCUCUCUCCCUCUCUCUUUCUCUUUCUCUCUCUCUCUUCCACGUAUGCAUUGGCCGCACGGAAGACGGCCACGACGUAGAUCGUCCUGAUCAUUCGUAGCUCUGUCCUGCGUCCCGCUUCACACUGACCUGUGACUUACUUGAAUUCGGUGAUAUGAACCGCUCGCUCGAUGAAAUGUAACGCAAGCCGAUAUGAGCUUCCGAAUUUGCUUAUGUAAAACGCGAGUUCCUUUGUGUGGAUUUGUGUACGGCACUCGUUAGUGCGCUAGUGCAUUCAACCCGAAAAGAAGGAAUGCCUCUUACACAUAGUGCUUCGGUGCUAGAGAUUGCAUAGUAAGAGAUCGGUUGUCAUUACCCGCUUUUGAGAUUGUCUCCGUGUGGGCAGACAGGCUAUGCAAGAAAACAAAGGAUAUGGAACAGCAGAUGUGCCUGAAUGCAGACCCUCUGAUGGUGUAGAUGAGGUCAAAAUGGAUAUCACCAAUGAUACAUUUGCAGAAGAUAACAGAAAUAUAAGAAGGGAGGAGAGUUCUAUGAUAUCCAAUCUUCCUCUUUUGUUUGCCAAUGGGCAUCCUACAUCUUUGGAGAAGAUCACAAUGGUACAACUAGAACAUUUUAUAUCCUUCAUGGUUCAUUGUUCAUUGGGGCAUGACACCACUAAAAUUAUUAAUAAACCUCAGUGGUGGCCUCAAGAUAUAAAAUUUUCAAAUCCGCUGACAAGACCCAAAAAGAUCAAUGAUAACUGGAUGGCGAACCUAAAGAAAUUAGUUUUCCGCUGUUAUACAUACCACAGAAGCGAAUAUUUGUUACGUUUUUGUUCCUACUUGGCGCGAUAUCCGCAUGAGGAACUGGAGUAUGUGAAUAAUUGGGACUCGACGACUAGUCUAUAUCACAAGAGCACGGGGAAGCUCCUAGUAACGUUUCGCAAUGAGAACAUGAAUUAUGAUAAAAAGAAUGAAACCUCGCGGAGGAUGCUGCUGUCUCACAACGCAACUGCAUUGACUUAUGGUAAUAAGGUAAAGCAACAGAUCCCUAUGAUGGUCCAGCCACCAUGCGACGACAUUUACCUGUGCGACAAUUGCGACGCCGAGUUCGUUGGCCUCGCAAAAAUGAAGGAGCAUGAGAAGAUAUGCGGCGAGCAAGACCACGGCGGCAGCGGCUCGCGGUCGUCCACACCGGAUCUGUCCCCGAUCGAGACCGAGCAACAACAGCAUCAAUUUCUAGAAUACUUUAAUCUAAAACCAAAUGAGACUGAACCUAAGCAGCCUGGUGUGAAUAACACAAGUGAGACUGACAACAAUAUCGUUAGACGAACGUCUCGGCGCGUUAGGGGGUCUCUCAAUUUCGCAAGAUGCGCCACCAUCCCGUUCUCGUCGCCCGCUGGCUUGGUGCUAGCGAAGAAGUCGAAGACGAUGACUCAGGAGACGCAACAAGAACGAUUAGACCGAAUAGAGAGACACGUUAUCGCGCCGAUAUUGAGCAGCUCAUGUAGACCGAAGUGGUUGGACGCCGAGCCGGACUACGACAGAUGGGUGGUCACGUAUAAACCAAACCGAGACAAGCCGACCGAUGGCUACGUGCAUCAAUAUAAAUUGGUCAAGUCGUCCACGAACAAGUCAGCUCUGAACAUAGAAUCACAACUGUUAUACGCUGCGUGUCGACCCAUUUACGCCGUUCUCACCCGACUGAAUCAGAAGCACAUAGAAAAACUGAAGCGAGACCCUUCGCAGUACCAGCCACCGACGAUCUCAGGGAAAGUGAUGUUGAUGAGAAGAGCAGGGCCGGCUUGCAAAACAGGUCGCGACAAGAGGUCGCGGCAGGACGCACAAAAAAACUCGUCGGUGUUUACGAAACGCAAAACGCCACUGGGAGAUGAAUCCGAUCCCAUUCUUGUCGAAGACGACGAAGCGAGUAUCAGUACAGCGUUGACAGCGUUGAACACUACAGAAGCCUCGGCUACAUCGACCGUCGUGAGGUCAUCUGGCGUGGAUAACGCAGAACCUACGUCGAAAUCGUUGAGAGAGAAGAGAUCGAGUACGACUAGCUCGAUCAUGUUGAUCGAUCUUUGUUCGUCUGACGAGGAGGAAGAUCGGCGUACCUUGACACCAGCUUGCGACGAGAACCGCGAUCCUAUGAAUUCCACAGAGUCUUUGAUCACGAGGUCCUUUCUACGAAAAGUCACUUCGAACAACAAGCACUACACGAAGCCCUACAUUUGCCCCGCGCCUUCGCCGACGGACCGGUUAUCGAAUAACGUGCUGAACGAAGACAGAAUCGAAAAUUGCACGAACAAAUCUCGAACUGGCGUAUUGAACGAGUACGCACACCUUUCUCCAGUUCUCAGGUCGGCGCCGUAAAUAUCAGCUUCACGCGGAUGAGAAGUUGCUAAGAUGAUAACAUUUACGUAUUGUUAUAUCAAGACAGUUGCCACAGAAGUGAGAGAAGAAUAUAUCAUGUCAAGUUGGAUCACGUUUGAGGCUCAAAACUCGCACGAGUACUCGGAUAUGCGAAAUCCGACUCCAGUCUGAAAAUUCAGAACCGCGCCAUUUGGCGGCCAAUUCGCGUUUUUUUAAUUCAGAUUCAGAUCAGAAUCGACAGUCGAAUCAAAUAGGCGGCCUGUUCUGUAACUUAACGACAGUGUCGUUAGCGUUAGAAGUUAUAAAAUAAGCCCACCUGAGCUCGUAUCCAAUCGACACUUUGCGGUCCCGCCGACUGUGUAACGAUGUCGUACGAAUUUCGACUUUGCAGUCCGCAGAUAUCAUAAUGAGAAACGCGAUUAGUCAACGAUUACAGAGACCUACGGUUGAGUAAGUUUUUUUAUAUCGAAACUUAUUUGCAGUGAAAAAAUACGGCUCAAUACAGAUUAUAAUCUAGACUAAUUUGAGUUAAGUAACGCGAAACACGGACCGCAAAGUGUUCGAAAGCAAGUUGAGUCAUUAAUACAUUCGCCAUGACGGUCAUCGAUGAUCGGCAUUAAGCCUUCCGUUUACGCCUCGUUGGUCACCUGUGAUCGUUAUGCGAUGAAUGUUUAAGAUACGUAUAACAUGCGAUUACAUUCACAAGAUUGUAACUGUUUAUUAAUAAUGGAAGAUACAAAAAGCAUUGUUAAA